AUGGGUUUCACGUCGAAGGCCAUCACUAUGGCUCCGCCUGAGGCUCGCCGCAAAUCGGCUAAUCCCCGCCGUGGAGCUGCCAAAGACCUUCAGAUGUUCGAUGGGACAUCUCUUGCCAUCUCUGAGCUUCAUAAGUCAAUGUCAAGCUUGUUCAACAGCGGUUUGUACUCAGACCUGACGGUCGUAUGCGGGGAGGAUAAGUACCAGGUCCAUCGAGCUGUCGUCUGCCCACGGUCUAAGUUCUUCGAAGCGGCAUGUCGCCAUAAUUUCAAGGAGGCGAUCACUGCUGAAAUCAACCUUCCUGAGGAUGAUCCCGUCGCUGUCAAGAUCAUGAUGAAUCAUUUCUACAAUCUCAACUACUCAGACGGCUCUGCAACUACUUCAGAGACUGGCUCGGCUCUCCCAGGAGCCAAAAGAUUCUCUCUUCUUGACCACGCCAAGGUCUACUCCCUAGCCGAAAAGUACGGCAUCCCCAGUCUGAAGAAAUUAGCCAUGGAUAAAUUUGAGCGGCAGGCAAGGAAAGACUGCGACGGUGAGGAUCUCGUGGACGCAGCGGUGGAAGCGUACACCGGCACUGUCCAAGACGAUCGUGGAUUGAGGGAUGAGGUGGUCAGAGCCAUCACUGUCCACAUGGAUGUUCUGACUCAUGAGUCGUUUCGAGAGGCCAUUAACGGACUGGACAUCGGAGUUGACGUUGUCUUGCAUCUGCAACAACAGGGGAGGAUCCUCAACACUGAUUGCCGCAAUCGCUGGUGA